AUGCGAGCUAUACAAGGAGCUCUAAUUGUCGCCUCAAGUAUUCAGAUAGUCCUGGGUUACAGCCAAAUAUGGGGUCUUCUCUCAAGAUUUUUCAGUCCUCUUGGCAUGGCACCUGUUAUUGGAUUGGUUGGAUUAGGGUUAAUUCAACGAGGAUUUCCUGCGUUGGGGAACUGUGUAGAAAUUGGCAUACCAAUGCUGUUGUUGAUUGUUGGGUUGUCACAAUAUCUAAAGCACCUAAGGCCGUUGAGAGACAUUCCUAUCUUUGAGCGUUUUCCAGUUUUGAUUUGUGUUACAAUUGUUUGGAUAUACUCUGUCAUCUUGACUGCCAGUGGAGCUUAUCGGCAUAAACCUACCAUAACACAGAACAGUUGUCGCACAGAUAGAGCGAAUCUGAUAUCUACUGCGCCGUGGUUCAUGUUCCCAUACCCUCUCCAGUGGGGUCCACCCACAUUUUCUGCUGGUCAUUCAUUUGCAAUGAUGUCUGGAGUUAUUGUAUCAAUGGUGGAGUCUACUGGUGCAUACAAGGCAGCUUCUCGUUUGGCAAUUGCUACUCCACCUCCUGCUUAUGUGUUGAGUCGUGGCAUUGGUUGGCAGGGGAUUGGUAUCUUGCUUGACGGUCUCUAUGGAACUGGGACGGGUUCCACUGUUUCUGUGGAAAAUGUGGGACUCCUUGGUCUAACCCGAGUUGGAAGUCGCAGAGUUGUUCAAAUAUCAGCUGGUUUUAUGAUAUUUUUCUCUACUUUAGGAAAAUUUGGAGCUGUGUUUGCAUCCAUACCCUUCCCAAUAUUUGCUGCAAUAUACUGUGUUCUCUUUGGCCUUGUUGCUGCAGUUGGCAUAUCAUUUCUUCAGUUCACAAACAUGAACUCUAUGAGAAACCUUAUUAUCACCGGGCUCACACUGUUCCUUGGAAUAUCUGUCCCUCAAUUUUUCAAUCAAUACUGGACCAGUUCACACCAUGGUCCUGUUCAUACUAAUGCUGGAUGGUUCAAUGCUUUCUUAAACACCAUAUUGUCAUCCCCGGCUACAGUUGGUUUGAUCGUGGCAGUGUUCCUUGACAACACUCUUGAGGUUGAAAGGUCGAAAAAAGACAGAGGGAUGCCUUGGUGGGUGAAGUUUAGAACAUUUAGAGGAGACAACAGAAAUGAAGAAUUUUACGCUUUGCCUUUCAAUCUCAACAGGUUCUUCCCACCUACUUGA